CACGUCACGUGAACGCAGCAUCAGAUGAUGAGAGUGGGUCAUCAGCAGUCAGGUGUGGUCGCGGCGGAGGGGAGGCUUUCAGCCCGCACCGCAGCCCCGGAGCUCCACGGAGACGAGUCCAGCGAGCCAGCCGGAGCUGGAGAGUCCACGCCGCCGCUUCAGCCUUCACGCCGGCGGGAAAGCGAAGCCCGAAGAAGUGAAAGCUCCAGCAGAACCGCAGCAGGAAGGAACCGAAAUCAAGGGAGUCUGGAGAACGCUUCAGGAGCUGCUACCAAAGGAGGAAAUGGGUUUCUUCUCACAAAGGGACGGAGUUGUGUUCAUGAGCAACAGAUGAAAAGCUUUCACCACGUGAAGGUGUGGACGGCGCUCUGACACAGCUGGAAUUCCCCCGGAGGAACUCCGCCGCCCACCACUGGAAGCCCGCGGCCGGUCCCGGCCCAAAAAGCAUGACUCACGGACGCAGAACUCUGCUGAUUUUACCUCAAAGCCAAAGGAUGAUGUGACGCGCUGGAAAUGUUCUGGCUCCGUAAUCUGUGGACGAGCUGCUGAGCGGGUGGUGUUCUACAAAAACUGCACGAGCACUUCGGAGACCAAAGAUCUUCUGAAACUGGUUUCACUGGGAGCUCCAAUCAGAGGCCGUUCAGAUGGCGGGAAAAGACUACAACCAUCUGUUCAAGCUGCUCAUCAUCGGAGAUUCCAAUGUGGGUAAGAGCAGCCUCCUGCUCCGCUUCGCAGACCAAUCCUUCUCAGGCAACUACAUCACCACCAUCGGUGUCGACUUCAAGAUCCGAACGGUGGACAUCAACGGGGAGCGGGUCAAGCUGCAGAUCUGGGACACAGCGGGCCAGGAGAGGUUCCGGACCAUCACCUCCACGUACUACAGGAACACGCACGGCGUCAUCAUCGUUUACGACGUGACCAAACCAGAGUCCUUUGUGAACGUGAAAAGGUGGUUGAACGAGAUCUCCCAGAACUGUGACAACGUCUGCAAAAUUCUGGUGGGAAACAAAAACGAAGAUCCCACCAAGAAGAGGGUGGAAACGCAGGACGCCGUGCGCUUCGGGGAGUCGGUGGGAGUUCGAGUCUUUGAGACGAGCGCCAAAGCCAACAUAAACGUAGAAGAGAUGUUCAUGGCCUUCACCCACAUGGUCCUGGACGCCAAGAAGCAGAGCCAGAACCGAGCCGAGCGGGAACGCGAGCGGGAAGACACGGUCAACUUCAACGCCCAGAGAGACCGCGACCGGCGGAAGAGAGCGAAGAAAUGCUGCUGAGGGGAGAAAGGAGUCGUGAUCGUCUGCUCAUGAAUCACCCAACAGGAAAUGUGAGCUGCAGCAGCCGCCGGCUUUCUGCUCCGUUCAGCUUUCGUUUCCAAAAAAUGUCAUGAAUGCGACACAAAGACGAUGGAUCUUCACGAGAGUUCAGGACUGAAAGAAUCAACUCAAUCAAGUGGAAACGGAUUUAAAAAGGAACCGGCUGACGGAACGUCUCUCAUCUGCAGAAACUCCAAGAACAUUUUUCCUGAUAAUCUGUGGUGUGUUCACUGCAAUCUGUAAUUCUGUGUUCUUAUCUUGCUGCUGAACAAACACCAGCACAGUCCCCUAACUGUUCUCCAGAACCCGUUCUGUUAAUCCAACGUGUGAGCACUGAAAGGGAAACGAUUCUGAACGUCCAGGUGUUACUUUGGGGAAAAAAGCAAUAAGUCGAUUGUUUUUGUGAAUUUGAAAACGUUUUUCUGGGAAAAUGUUCCGAUUUAUUAUAACAGAGUGCCAUUAACCAAAACACAUCCACUGUGAUGUAAUGGGAUUACUUCUGUGGAGAAUCUGAGUUUAUUUCUGUGAUGUGAAAACUAAAUAAAUGUGGAGAAAAUCUU